GUUCUGUAUCCGAAUAUGGCGAAUGGGAUGAAUCUUCGUAAAGUAAUGUGUGUAAUUUUGACUCUUCUAGUAUUCCAGGCUGUCACUAUAAGUCAGAGUAAUAGCCAUAAUAUUCCAUAUAAAGUCUGGUAUUUGUAUCCUGGCUUACGAUUGCAGAUAGAAGAUAAUCCCCAGUUAAAUAUAUACUGCUACAGUGGUCAACCGAAGCAUAUAAUAAACAUUUGGCAGACGGCUCUGUUGCAGUUGGCUGUCAAGAAUGAUAAGUAUGAGCUGUAUGAUGGUGCAAAUCAAAAUGAAGUGCUGGCGGAAUAUGAAGAGCACCGGUCAUCUUGGGCCAUUAACCCAUUUUCAUGGAAGCAGAAGGAUAUAAAACUAAACCCUUUUAAUCAAAGCUGUGUUGGUAUUCAUAGUUUGGAAAAGUAUGGAAUCUAUCUCAAUAUUAUUAGAAUUGAUUACUGGAGGGUCCUACUGCUGGGUGCAGGAGUACUGCUGUUUAUCUCAGCUCCUAAACUCAGUAACAAUCCCUUGUUCUAUUACAUUUCUGGAAUCUCGGUUGGAAUAUGUGCAUCUUUUCUCAUUUUGGUAUACAUGAUGAGUAAAUUAUUUCCAAAGAGGCCUGUCAUGUAUGGAAUUGUGAUUGGAGGUUGGACAGUGGGAAUAUAUCUCCUUCAGCUUGUAUGGGAAAAUUUACGUUUAAUAAUUAUACAGUAUCAGACCCAUGUGCUUUCCUACGUGGUGUUCACAGGGCUUGUGAGCUUUGUUGUGUGCUAUCGGCUUGGCCCCGUAACAGAUCGGAGGAGUAAAAACUUAAUUAAAUGGGCCCUGCAGGGUGCAUCACUAACAAUGGUUUUCGUCAGUAGCCAGUUCCAAGAAGCAUCUGUAGCAAUUAUUGUUAUUCUUCUAGCAGCUUACAACUUUCCAGCAGUAUGGACUUCAAAGUUGCUAGCAUAUUGGAAAAGACAGUUUCCACCCAAGAUGAAACUGCUGAAUGAAGAUGAGUACUAUGAGCAAGGGGUACGGGAAACUACAAAGGCUUUGGAAGAGCUACGAGGUUACUGCUCCAGUCCUGACUGCAAUGCUUGGAAAACUGUGCUUAAACUCAAAGAACCUAUUAGAUUUGCCAGUUUUAUGAAUGGGACCUCGCACCUAAAUGAUGAAGAACUUUUGGCGUAUGAGUCAGAAGCAAGAAGAACUUUAACUGAAUAUUAUACAGAUGAUGAUUCAGAAUCGGGUUCUGAGUACUAAGGAAGAAAAGCUUCACCAAUAUACAAACCAAUCUCCAGUGAACCAAGUUAUAUUUAUUAUGGAGUUCUCCAGGCUCACAAGUUCAGCUUUUAAUUAUAAGAAAUCUGUCAUUUUUAUACAAACUAGUCUUUCAUGUUUAUGAACAGCCAAUUUAUUUAUGACAAUGCAAGUAACAUUCAAGUUAUAUUUUUUUUUGAUAAAAUAGUGUGUAGUCUAGAUUCUUGGCAAAUUAGCAUAAGUUUUUACUCUGUUCAGGUAAAUGAAGUCAUUUGUGUGUGUGUGUGUGUUGGUACCUUAACAUGACUGUGUGUAUGAUCCCGUUUUAUUUAUCAUUCUUUAAACAUGUUGUUAUGUACUUAAAGGUUAAUUAACAUCUUCAGCCUAGAGGGAAUAUAAAUACCUUGCCAAUGUGUGUCAGAGGGAUAAAGGACAGCAGGCAUAUUUAAAUUCAAGAACAAAAAUAUCAGUUCUAUCAUUUUAUGAAUAAAUAUGGAAUUUAUGUACAAGGAUCUGUAUGUGAAUAUGAUCACAAAUUAAAGCAAAAUACUCACUUUUAGUUUA